AUGAUGGACUCUAUCAUCCUCUUCUCCCCUAUCCGCCCCCUAUGGAAGAUCCAAGCAAGCGUCACCCGCCGACUGGGUAUUAUUGCCACUAUCACCGUUGCCGGUAUCGCGGUCAUUGUUUCCUGCCUUCGCAUCAUCGUCCUUCACCAGUUCGCAGUCCACCCAGACUUUACGUACGUCCUCGGCGAAAUGGUCAUUAUCUCUGCCGUCGAACUCAACAGCGCCAUUGUGGCUUCAAAUCUCCCGACCUUCAAGGCUGUCUGGCGAAAGCACGUUACCGGGACGCUGGCGUCGCGGACAACCUCACACAACCUGUCCUCGCUCGACAAGAGAGGGCACUUAGAGGGUAGUGUUGGGCUGACGGUCAUCUACCAGAGGAGCGAGCGGGGGUCAGACCAGGAAUUUCCGGAUUCUUCGUCGACAAAUAACUUGGUUGCGAGGCCGGGAAGUGAUAAGUGGGUUGAUUGUGAGAUGGCUCGGAAGGGGGACCGAUAA